CAGUUUUCUUUGGUGGUGUUGUGUUGUUGUGAUUAGCCAUGGAGCUUUCUCUUGCGGAAAUUCGCAAUUUUAUGCUAAAUAAUGGGUGUAAAGUGACCAAUCAUGCGCUUGUAAAGCACUUCAAGGAGAUCCUCACGAAUCCUGAGACGCAAAGUGAGGCAAGGAAGCAAUUUAAGACGUACGUGAACAUCCUGGCUACAAUUCGGACGGAGGAUAAGCGCGAUGGAUCAAAUGAGAAGGAGAAGUAUUUGAUCUUGAAGUCAAAGUACCUCCAUGAGUGUCCGUCUGAGGAUAGUUUGAGUCUGGCCAGUGGGAUGACACCCAUGAGUCCAGCACGCUCAAUCUCCUCAGAUUGUGACUCUCCGGGGGCGCGACAGCCACCACCGUAUCGUCCACCCCCUAUUGUUUCCCCCGGGCCGUCAUCUGCUGGCCCUCCGGCAAAGAUUCCCGUCCUGGAACCUCAAACGCGUGUCCAGUACAAGGACUGCAUCAAUGAGUAUCGUACAGCAAUAAUGGCUCUCCAGCGGCCACCCAGCCAUGAGCCAGCACCCGAAAUGCGUCGUGGAAGUCAAGAGGAGCCCCCACAAGUCCCUCCCAGGAAACGUUCCAGCGCUGAGAGAUCCUUCUCCGUGGAAAAGUCCAGUAGUGAUGAUUCCGUGGUGGAUGCAAAUAAGGAGAAUGUCGCCAUUAUGGAAGAAAUGCUGGAAAUUGCAAAGACAGCCUCAGAGAAUCAGAUCAGUGUCAAAGAAGCCACAAAGAAGUUCAAUCGGAUUGCAUCUGAGGAGGAGAAGAUCAUCUCGCCAUCCGCGAAGAAGAAGCCCGAAAAGACCCCCGAUGCAGACAUCAAUGAUCAAGAUACUUUGGUGUCUGAUCCAAAGGCCAAGGAAUGGCUCGUCAGUGCAGCCAGAUGCAAUUAUCAGGAACUCUCGAAAUUGGCAUCAGAUCGUCCAUGGCUCGUUAAACUACAGGAUCCAACAACGGUAGGUGUUUUGCAUUUGUGAAUCUCAUGAAUGAUUUUAUUCCACCAUUUUGUGCAAAUCAAGUAAGUUAACUCAUGCAAUUUCAUCUUGAAUACAUUAAUUGCUCUUGCAUGCGGAAUUGAGCUAUUUUUGCGCCACCAUCCAACAACACACGGAUGGAGACAAUUUAAAUAUAAAAAAAGAGAGCUAAAUGCUCAAUAUUGGAUUUAAUUAACAGAUGAAUAAGAUGAAAAACUUAUUAUGUUGCCGAGGGUUAAAAAUGUUCAUUUCAGGUGGAAAAUAUCUCGUACAGCGAGAUGUGGAAAAAUUAAUUAUUUGUGCUGAAAGAUUUUUCUGUUAAAAGCAAGUAGAUUGUGAAUUAGAGGCAAUAAGUGCGCGUAAUCCCCCUGAGGGGGUUUCUUUCUUAAUAAUAUAAAAAAGAAUAAUUUUCUUUUUAUUAAAUUUAUCCAAAGAAGAGGAAGAAAAGCCAUAAACAUGCAAACGAAUGCGUUUUAAUUCGUAUAAAAGAAACGCAGUCACUACACACGAUAAUUUCAUGCAUCUUUUUGUGUCUUCAUCAUUGCGUCUCACUCAACAUUUUAUAAUUUUAAUUUUCAUUUAAUAUUAACUUAAUUUUUUUUUAUAUAUGAUGCAUUCUCGUCGCAAAAUUUUUCCCUCACGACAGAGGGAAGUUCAAAAGUUGGCGCGUAACAGAAGAAGGAGAAAAUUGGCUCAAAAAUGCAUAAAUUUGCGACGGUAUUAGCCAUUCUUAGGCGUGUUUUUUCUCCAUAUUAUUACUUGCUAAGUAGAGUAUAUUAUAUACAUAAAUAUAUGAGAGCCCAACAUUACAUAUAAUGCGUCUCUCUGCCUCCCCUUUUUUUGCACACCUUAUACGCACAUUAACUAUGUAUUUUUUUUUGAGUGUAUAUAAAAGUGUAAUUAAUUUAAUGAAUUCAAAUUAGAAAUUGCGAAUUAACAUGGGACAGGGGGGCACUUUAAUCCAUAGGGGGGAAUGUUUUGUUCUCCUUGAGCAUGAGGAAAUCCACAGAAGGGGGUCUAAAAUUUUAAUUUUAAUUAUUUAUUAAUGCUGAAAGAAUUUAUGGGUGAGAUUUUUGUCAGAGUGAACAACAACAUAAAUUCAUUGUCCAUUGACUUGUACUAAUUUUCUCGUCUGAGUAAUUCAACAGAAGGUUCUCUUGCUUUAUUAAACUUUUCAGAAAUUAACUCCAUCCAAUAAAUUUAUUUCACUAAAUUAUUUAUUAGAGAAGUAAAUGAAAAUUUUGUAAUUCAGGUAGUUGUAUGUUUUGUUAACAAACUUUUAUUGCAUUUUUGGGAAUUUCUUUUUAAUCUAAUUUGCUAAUUUUUAACUUAAGCUUAUUGAUAUUUCUGAUUUUAACAGCUUUAAUUCAAAACACAUUUUUUCCCUCAAUUCACAAACCACACAGAAGAUACGGCAAUUGUUGGAAAUUGCUGAAGAAAUUUUAAGGUUUUGUGAAAGAGAUGUCACGUCAGAUAGGGCUAACAAUGAUAAAUGGAGUUCACAUGAGACCCUUCAGUGUUACUGCCAAAGUAACUUUAAAUUGUAAAGGUCUUUUUUUCUCUCACCACUCACGACACCCCCUCAAUCGGAAGGAAUUCACUCAAACAUGAUAUUUUAAAUUUCUCCGGGUGCACAA